GUGCUAAGAAGUCAUGAUGUGAGAAGCGAGACUCGCUGCCAUCCAUCCAUCCAUCCAUCCAUCCAUCCAUCCAUACACUAGCCUCCAGCGCGAUACACGGAGGGCGCCUCGAGCGACGUGCGUCGCAGCGCUGUUCUAUGUCAGGUUCGCAAAUUGCUGCCCACCUCACCUUGCCUCCCUACCUUACACAAUCGUCAUUCACUGAGUUCCAUAAAGACCUUCACAGAGACGUGCAGUUGUUGCGUUUCCCCCAGGUCCAUGCCAAGCAUCAUCGUCGAAUCUAGAAAGAACUCGAGAGGUGUAGGUCAGGUACCUUACCUUACCAGGGAAACGAAACUGCCUUCACACCACGAGUCGGAAGGUCGGACCACAAACAACGCCACUGGCAUUGCAACGCACCAACAACCAACACUUUAAUUCUCUCGACAUCGGACCUGACGCUCCCUACUACACGGCCAAAUACUACAAGAGCAGCACCAUUUCCCGUAGCUGGUCCAACUCACCUGUGACGAUAAUAUCGCCAGCAGCUCCUCCUACGUCCCGCUCGCAUCCACGCACGUGCUGGCCAAUCCGGACUCUAAGCGACCUGCAACUCCCCUCUGACAUCGCUCACGCGACACUUUGGACAGCGGCACCAUGGACUCUAUCCAGCGCUCUCGAUCCGGCUCGAACCAAUCUCGGCAGCCCGUCUACCGUCGUCCAUCAUGGGCGCAGAACGAGAAGUCAUACGAAAUCUACAUGCGCAAGUCUCUCGCCGCAGAUCGUUCCCCGGGAGCUGACUCCGGCCACGAAAACUACAGCUACGACGAGUCACACGUCAAGGAAUGGCAGGUGCCGAAAGGCCUCGAGGUGCGCUUGCCAGCCGAGCUGAAGGAUGCCAUCACGGAGUGGAUGCUUGCCGGAGCCGCGGUCUGCACUUCACUUGCGCGCAUUGCCAAACUUGACGAUGAGAGUCUCUAUCGCGCAUACCCAGAGAAGACGAUUGCGCAUCUCUCACGUCGCGAAUCGAGCCCAUCUUCAGCCGUCUUCGGUGCCACCACACCACCCACCGGGUUUCCUGCGUCACAGUCUCCGUUCGGUCUGUCGGCCGGUCUGCUGCGUCUCGACAAGUUCGAGCAACUGCCACAGCGCCAAGCUGUGGGCAUGGAGUCGCCGCCCUUCACGCCAGUCGAGACCAGAGCGUGUCCAUCACCAGAACUUCCGUGCCAGCAGCGCUUCCCGACCUCCGGCAUGCCAGAUCCUAGCGCAUUGGCUCAGCAGUUGUCUCCAUUGUCUAUGGCUACCGAUUCAGUGGCAGGUGCAGGCAGUGGCAAGUCCGACAUGGCAACUGGCUCGUUUGACUCUACACUUUCGCCGGCUAUCUCGACCACGUCUUCUACUCCCUCGCUGGCCACUUUUGAUGAGACUGCAUGGGAGACCUUUCUCAAGACGUACAAUGCCGAGCUGUUUGACAUUCGCACUCAUGCAGGCCCGCGCUUCAAAGGUGCUGGCUACACAGUCGACAAGGCGCGCGUAGAGAUGGGCAUGGGCAAAGAGCAUCAAGACGCUCUUGCAGAUUUCAACGAGUGGUGGACGAGCAUGAAGCCGAAGGUAACGAAGUACGACGCGAAGUUGCGCGAGCUAGAGAUGCCAAACAUCGACACGGUCCGAGCAGAGAGAUCGGCGCAUGGUUUGCCACUGUGAAGUGUGAAAAAACGUGCAGAUCAGGAAUGCAUUUCUUCUCUAGCACAAUGCAUUACAACGACAGCUGGGCGAGCACGCGACCCAGAACUGGCAAUGACGACUUGAAACGGCGGCUUGGCGAGGACACGCCUUAGAAUGGCGAAGAUGGGUUGACAGAGCAGUAUGAGACUAUCGCGUUCAUGUUCACAGGACAGAAUACACGGCGUUGCUAGGCAGGAACGACUUAGCGAAGGUGCUUCGGAGUUUUCCUUUUUGAUAUGGAUACCUAGCAAGAACCAUGGCCACACGGUUAAGAGUACAGUACCUCAGGUAAUGCCUUGCAUGACAAGGAGAGGAUAUGAACAGAAAGAGUGGAGGAUAGGAACGCUGGUCGUUGCCACAACUCUAGCUUAGCAGCAAGCAUGAUACCCGACUACAGUAUAUUGACG